CUUAUGCAAUUAUUACAUUCCUGUUACAACCCAGGGAUCACAAACACAGCAACUGCAGAAGCAUUAUGGCAUUACCUCACCUAUCAGUUUAGCUGCCCCCAAGGAGAUUGACUGCAUGCUUACCCAGAAAUUGAUUGAAACCCUUAAACCCUACGGUGUAUUUGAAGAGGAAGAAGAACUGCAACGCAGGAUUUUAAUUUUGGGAAAACUAAACAACCUGGUAAAGGAAUGGAUACGGGAAAUCAGUGAAAGCAAGAAUCUUCCACAGUCUGUAAUAGAAAAUGUUGGAGGAAAAAUUUUUACAUUUGGAUCCUAUAGAUUAGGGGUCCAUACAAAAGGUGCUGAUAUUGAUGCCCUGUGUGUUGCACCAAGACAUGUUGAAAGAAGUGAUUUUUUCACAUCAUUUUAUGAAAAACUGAAACAGCAAGAAGAAGUAAAAGAUUUGAGGGCUGUUGAAGAAGCUUUUGUCCCAGUUAUUAAACUAUGUUUUGAUGGAAUAGAGAUUGAUAUUUUGUUUGCAAGAUUAGCACUGCAAACUAUUCCUGAGGACUUAGACCUCCGAGAUGAUAGCCUACUUAAAAAUUUAGACAUUAGAUGCAUACGAAGUCUUAAUGGUUGCCGGGUAACCGAUGAAAUUCUGCAUCUAGUACCAAACAUUGACAACUUCAGGUUAACACUGAGAGCUAUCAAACUAUGGGCAAAACGCCACAACAUCUAUUCCAAUAUACUAGGUUUCCUUGGCGGUGUUUCCUGGGCUAUGCUAGUAGCAAGAACUUGCCAGCUUUAUCCAAAUGCAAUAGCAUCAACUCUUGUACAUAAAUUUUUCUUGGUGUUUUCUAAAUGGGAAUGGCCAAAUCCAGUGCUAUUGAAACAGCCAGAAGAAUGCAAUCUUAAUUUGCCUGUAUGGGACCCAAGGGUAAACCCCAGUGAUAGGUACCAUCUUAUGCCUAUAAUUACACCAGCAUACCCACAGCAGAACUCUACCUACAAUGUGUCCGUUUCCACACGGAUGGUCAUGGUUGAGGAAUUUAAACAAGGUCUUGCUAUCACAGAUGAAAUUUUGCUGAGUAAGGCAGAGUGGUCCAAACUUUUUGAAGCUCCAAACUUCUUUCAAAAGUACAAGCAUUAUAUUGUGCUUCUAGCAAGUGCACCGACAGAAAAACAGCGACUAGAAUGGGUGGGUUUGGUGGAAUCAAAAAUCCGAAUUCUAGUUGGAAACCUGGAGAAAAACGAGUUCAUUACACUGGCUCAUGUGAAUCCACAGUCAUUCCCAGCACCCAAGGAGAAUCCUGACAAGGAAGAAUACCGUACAAUGUGGGUGAUUGGGUUGGUGUUUAAGAAAACUGAAAAUUCUGAAAAUUUAAGUGUGGAUCUUACUUAUGACAUCCAGUCUUUUACAGAUACAGUUUAUAGGCAAGCAAUAAACAGCAAGAUGUUUGAGAUGGAUAUGAAGAUUGCUGCAAGGCAUGUGAAACGUAAGCAACUUCACCAACUGCUACCUAAUCAUGUACUUCAGAAAAAGAAAAAGCAUUCAACAGAAGGAGUCAGACUGACAGCUCUGAAUGACAGCAGCCUAGACUUGUCUAUGGACAGUGAUAACAGCACGUCUGUGCCUUCGCCUACUAGUGCUAUGAAGACGAGUCCAUUGAACAGUUCUGGAAGUUCUCAGGGCAGAAGCAGUCCUGCGCCAGCUGUAACAGCAGCAUCUGUGACCAACAUACAGGCUUCUGAAGUCACUGUGCCACAAACAAAUUCCAGUGAAAGCUCAGGGGGUUCUUCAAAUGAAAGCAUUCCUCAAACUGCCACACAACCAGCCAUUUCUCCACCACCAAAGCCUACCAUCUCUAGAAUUGCUUCCUCAACACAUCUAUUAAAUCCAUCACCCAGAAUUUCAGGAAAUGUUGCAACAAAAACGCCUAGCCCUGUCACAGCAGUGAAAAGGACAUCUUCUCCCCAUAAAGAAGAUUCUCCCAAGAAAAUGAAAAUUGAAGAGCAGGAUGAAAUAAGUGAAGCUACUAGCUGUAUAGAUGCGAACGAGCAUGAAAGAAUGGAAACAAAGGAGCUACUGGAGACGGAAGUGAAUGUUAAUUCCCAAAUGGAACAUCUUCAGACAACUUUGCAAGCUCCUCAGAAAACACCCAGUACAGAUCUUUCCGAUAUCCCUGCUCUCCCUGCAAAUCCUAUUCCUGUUAUCAAGAAUUCAAUAAAAUUGAGAUUGAACCGGUAAAAACAACCUCAGGGGUCCAUAAACAAUAUCUGCCAACUCAACCUGUUGUCUUCUAAUGCUAGAAAAAAAAAAGGAA